UAAUGUUUUGUUGAGUGCGUGGUGUAUGCAUGAGGGGAGAGAGAAAACGUGGUCGCGGAGAAGCCUAGCAUUUUAGCUAGUUUGUGAGUGUGAAUGUAGUGUUAUACAAGCUCAGAUAUUUAGUAUUAUUUAUUUUUGUAUGUAGUCAAGUUUGCCAGAAAGGGAGAAGGGUGCAGAGGCACGAUUUAAUAAAGGCAGCUUCCUACGUUUGUGGCCAGAAUAGUGUUCAAAAUGUCCAUGGGCGGCCAGAAGACCACCAGUCAGGCAAUUCCGACCACCAGACGCGUUACAAUCAAUGAUGCCGCCCAUAUGCCUCAUGAUUACUCUACAACGCCCGGAGGGACUCUGUUUAGCACUACUCCCGGAGGCACCAGGAUCAUUUAUGAUCGAAAGUUCCUGCUGGACUGUCGCAGCUCCCCGUUGGCUCGCACACCGCCCUGCUGCCUCCCUGACAUCCCAGGGGUGACCAGUCCCCCCUCGGUCACCAUGAAAAAUAACAAGGCCUUCCCCAAACAGACUGUCAACAAUAACAUCAGCCACCCUGCAGACAAGAAUGCAGGUGAAGAUGCACAGUUUGAAAUGGAUAUCUAAUUACAGAGGACCUGCUACGCAAAGAAGGCGACGACUGUAACAAAUAUUACUGUGAUGAUAACUGUUCACUAAGAGGAUAAAUGCACAGAAGAUUU